CUCGUAACAUUUGGGGCUCUGCCGUAUUUCGAGCCAAAUUUAAUCGUAUGUUGUUGCUCCUUUAAAUCUGAAGAACUAGAACUCUGGAUGACUGUUUUGUGAAGAGAUUAUAUUUUUUGGAUGAUCCGAUGAGGUAUUAGCUGUGUAUAAAGGAUUUUAUUGUGAUCGUGGCAUAAAGAGACGUACCGUUCCGCGAUGACGUCGUUGCAUUUCUUGCGCGCUGUACCGCAGCAGGUGCAGCGCUUUUCCAGUGUGGUCUUUCUGCGUCACACGCGUCUGGCCUCGCACGCGGCCACCCUCCAGCAUCCAUCGGGGGAGGUCUGCGUGGAGGACCAGCACGCGCAUCAUCCGUUUGUGCCGCCGUACCGGGAGUUUAUCGGGAAUCGCGAGAUUGUCGGCUACGGAUGGGCGGGCGUUCCUACCUACGGGGACAGCUACAUCUGGCCCUACCCCGCUGUCAGAUUCCGUGAGCCGGAUGGCCGCUACCGCGAACUGGUUAACAAGGAGAAGGGCGACUGGCAUAAGCUGACCAAGGAGGAGAAGAAGGAGCUGUACCGCUACAACUACUGCGAAACCUUUGCGGAAUUCAGCGCUCCUCUCGGCUACUGGCGCAGCAUGGUCGGCAUCUUCUUCUUCUGGAUAUCGCUGGCGUUGUGGCUCUUUAUUCUCCAGAAGAAGAUUUAUCCUCCGCUGCCGGAUUCGUUCAGCGACGAGAACCGUCUGAAGAUGCUGAAAUACAUGAUCGAUAUGCGUGUGGGCGCCAUCGACGGCAUCGGCAGCAAAUGGGACUACGAGAAGGGACGCUGGAAGGAGUAGAGCGCGAAAGAGACGAGUACAGUGGAAUGGUGUCCUGUGUAAAGUGUGUACUGCGCCACCCGAAACUAUUGCUCUGCUCGUAGUGAUUGAGACUGUUCUUGGCAUCCUUGCAUCGCUCGCGCCUGUUUAAACGAUCACCGCCGAAAUGUUCGUGUUUUGUUUUGUGGCUAGCGAAAGAAUUAGUGCCGUUUUUCUGUCGUGGCUGUAGCGGGCAAUAAUGUAAUAAAAUCGUUACGUAUA